GGAAACCGAGCCAACAGGUGUAGCCAACGGCAGAGAGACGCCUCCCUUGAGUGUAAACAAGGGAAGGAUCCUCAAGACCAUAACACUCGCUUAUGAGGGAUGCCGCCUCCUGUUCUAGAACCCGAUAGACAGAGGUGGCAGCAUACACGCAAGUCAGAGCAGCUGUUCCCAUCAAUUCCAUGGAUUGAACUCCUAUUUUAUUUUGUUUCAUUUUGGAGUGGAUGUUUUUACAGUCUUUAUAGAUUUUAUCGAACUUCUCAAAGAUGGGGCCAGUAUUUACCUGUUACACCCAUAGAAGACAGUUGGUUUGGCAGUCGUCAAGACCAGACUGACUUGGAGUGGUAUGUGUGGCCACCAAUAAUCCUCAGUUAUGCUCCAUGGGCAUUUCUCCACAUUGUGUUAGCUCAGCUUAUAAGGAGGUUUUGCCCACAGCAUCUUUGUCGUUUCUACAUCGUAUUUAGUGUAUACAUGAUUAUCCCGUUGAUAGGGAGAGUCGGCACAGGCCUUUGUUUUGCAGUGCCGUCAGUUAUGUUUGUUGUACUUCUUACAAGGAGCAAGGUGAUCAUUUGGCUCACCUGGUGCCUGAUAUUAAUCCUCUUCAAUACACAGUUUUUCAUCAGCUAUCUGGAAACGUGGGUAGAAGACAUUCCAGAAGGCGAUUACAAAGUCUCGGUCAUGGUUGCUUGGAUCAUCCUCCGCAGCUUGAGCUUUUGCCUAGAAGUUUGCGACACAGACCCCGAAGGCGUGCUGAGUCCGUUGCCCCUCCUUACCACACUCUUGGGGUAUUGCCUCUAUUUACCAUUUGUGUGUACUGGCCCAUACAUGCCUUUUACAGACUUUCAAGCAGGACUCUUGCUUCCAUACAGAGAAUGGACACUAAAGAGAGUUCUUGGUAUGGUGCUACAAAUUAUAAGAUUUCUGUGGUGGAUGGGUUUCACUCAGGCUCUUCUGUUCCACUUCUAUGCCCAUUCAUUGCAUUUCACGCCAGAAUUAGUGAGGAAGAUGACUUCGUGGUCAAUGGCAGGCUUUGUGUAUUUUUUAACUGCAUUUUUGCAGCUGAAAUAUGUGGUGCUAUAUGGACUGCCAUCUGUGAUAGCUCGUGUGGAAGGUUACGACCCUCCCAGACAUCCCCGUUGUACACUCAUGACAUACAGAUUCUCAGAUAUAUGGAGAUAUUUUGACCAUGGCCUUUAUCGUUUCAUGCUAAAGCAUAUCUACAUACCUUGGGUGGGAGCAGAUAACAGCUUAAUCAGACAAGUACAAGGGACAGCACUUGUGUUUACAUUUGUGUACGUUUGGCAUGGUGUAUCAACGCAGGUCUUCUGGUGGGCUACCAUAAAUUUCUUCGGGGUAUUUGCAGAAAAAUUGGGAGAUCAUAUUAGCCGAAUGCCAGCAUAUGAAACCUGGGAGAGUCGGUGGUUCCCAGGCUCGUGGCAGCGCCGUCUGCAUGGGUUGGUGGCUGUGUGCCUUUACGUGCCAUCUCUUGCUGCUCUUACUAUAUUUCUCUCCAAUCUUGAAAAUGCAUUUGCUAUUACCACAAGAAUAUUUAUAUCAGGGUUUCCAGAAUGCACCCUCAGCACCUUCUUCUUCAUGUUCUGUUUGGGACAGUGCAGUAUGGAGCUUCAGAACUGGAAGAUCAGACAAAAAGAUAAACAUAAAUCUAGUUAGCAUUAAUAAAAGUAAUACUAAAAUAUAUAGCCAAAAAUAUAACUGGAGGUGAUAUGAAUUAAUAUUUUAGUCACUGUACAGUUAAUAAGACAAAGGGAAUGUGUAUGAGUCAGGUGGCAGAAAGUAUAUAGAGGUAUAUUUUUAAUAUAUAUCUAUUUUUAUUGUGAUUUGUAGGAGUUGUCAUCCCUUUUUUUGACAUGUGCAGAUAGCUAGUUUAUUUUUUAUGGUACAUCCUUGGUUGUGUUUGCUUGUUGGCAUAUGUGAAAUUUAGAGUUAGCAUAUUCAGCAACCUAGAGCCCAGGUGAGGAGAAAUCAUAGGUAAGACAUUUUAUGGUGCUUUCUCGAUUCCACUAAAAGACAGAAAAGCUAAAGUCAUUUUAAAGUUGUUAUGUUCAUAUACCGACCCAACACUAUUGGUUUACUUCAGAAAUUUAAUUAUAUUGUAUCACCAUUUACUAUUAAGGCCUAGUAUGGGAGAGGAAUUGAUAGAUUUUGUCACUUUAGUGCAAGGGAAAUCAGUUGAUUUUACAUCCUUUUUAACCUGCUGUUUAAAAAGUGGGAGGAAAUGGAAAUGUGGAAAGAUUUUUUUUUUUUUUUUCUGAUUUAGUUAUUUUAUUGGUCAUAAAAUUUCAUGAGGAGUUAAAUUUAUUUCAGCAUAAAUUAGAAAAUCUUUUACAUGAAGCGAGAUUAGUGUCUGAAGGAAUAAUCAUAAAUGAUAAGAAUCUCAUGCACUUAUACUGAUAAAUAAUCUCAAAGACUUUAGUUUUGAAAGAAAUUGUGUAACUUAUGAGUAUCUACUUCAGGUGCAGUUUAAAGUUACAUUAUUUGUAUGAGUAUUAUUAUUACAUCUGUAAUAAGAUUUACAUACAAGGGUUAGAUAUAUGAAGGAGUUGUGUAAUAAAUGAGUUUAUAUUUAAUUCUGUCAGUUUUUAUCAUUUUAUUUACUCUGUUUUUCCAGUAUGGUAUAUUUACUCUGAAAAAGGAUGGAUGAAAAGUAAUUGCCACAAAAUUAAAAACAGGGAACAUAAUAUAGAAGUUGCAUAGGCAAAACAAGACUAGCUUUCCUGGAAUGUACUACACUGUAUAUUACUCUAUAAUACUUAUACAUUGCAAUAUGUUUUUUUAAUAAUAUGUUUUAAAUAUUAAUUGGUAUCACAGAUCACCUAGUAAUAAUCUUGAGAACAAAAAUGUGUUUUAAAUGCAUCAAGAAUUCUACACUCAAAACUUUGUUUGAGAAGAAAAUAGAGUGGCUGCAAUUUUAUUACUACUCAUGCCCUCAGUAUGAUUAUAGGUUGCUCAAAAGGAUUCAUUGUCUUUCAGUAGCAAGAAUUUUCUCAUUCACACUCAUGUCUUGUGAUCAUAAUUGUAUUUCAGAUGAUCUUGUAUUACUACCAAAAAGCAAAUGAACAGUUGUUAGUAAAA